AUGUCGGGAAUGGAGGUUGAUGAAGUUCCACUUGGUAAGGGAGGAAAUUCAACAUCAAAGCGUUUUGAAAUUAAAAAAUGGAAUGCUGUUGCUCUUUGGGCUUGGGAUAUUGUUGUGGACAAUUGUGCGAUAUGUCGUAACCACAUUAUGGAUCUAUGUAUUGAGUGUCAAGCAAACCCUUCAAAUGAGGUUGCUUGGGGUAAUUGCAAUCACGCUUUUCAUUUUCAUUGUAUAUCUCGUUGGCUGAAGACCAGAAAUGUUUGUCCAUUAGAUAAUAGAGAAUGGGAGUUUCAAAAGUAA